GAAAGAUAUAUAAAUUUACCUGCUUAGAUCUAUAUAAAGCAAUGCACGGAUGGUUGCAAAUCAUUCUGCGUCAAGAGUUUCUCCCCAUCGCAUCAUUUCAAAGUAUUUAAAAAUGACGAAUGUCGUAAACGUUUCAUCUGCUGAAAAUUCCUCCGCUGGACAGCCGAAGAAUUCUAAGAACUGUACGAUGACACCAAUUGAGAUAUCUAUUGAGAAAUUGCCAAAUCUCGCCUCGAACUGGUCCACAUUUUUAAGGGACAUAACCAAUGACCGAAAGCUACGAGCCGAACGUAUAAAUCGCCAGUCGGAAGAUGUCAUCCAAUUUAUAAAAAGAUUUCCGUUACUGGAAUCUUAAAAAAAUCCUCCAGAGAAUGAUAUUAGGAGAAAAAAUCGAGUCACCAAAAACUUCCAAUUCAAAAUUAUAUAUAAUUAGAUUAAUGUUAAAACAAAAUUU